AUGGCGCGGACAAAGGGCAUCACCCUUCGGAUUCGCAAACAGGCCGCUCCUUCCGAAGAUAUGCUGGCUGACGGCCUUGCCGAUGCGGCAGCCUCAUCAUCAGAACAACACCAACCACCACACAACAACGAAUACACACAAAAUCAAGAGCAGCUGCAAGACCAAGAGAUGGCACAUGCUGAGGGCUCUCGAGCAUCGACGCUGUCUCGUUCGAGAAGCUCACGGCUAGCACGAACACGAUCGCAAGAGGAUGCAUUCGAGGGCGCGUCCUCUCCUGUCCGUGCAACACCAUCACGCCGUUCGCGAAGGCAAUCAACCAAACCUGAGCCGCAGAGUGUUGACGAGGACGCUGACAUGGCUUCGCCGCAGCAGGAGACUUUCGAGCCAGACGCUGAGGGAGAUGAGAAUGAAGCGCACGGUGCUUUUGCCACACCGCGUAGCCGUUCAACCCGCAGUCGAGUCAAGUCUUCGACCACACCAGUCCCUCAAACGCCAUCUGCACCACGACCAAAACGAAGUCCCAAGAAAGCAUCUAGAAUAUCGGUAGUAGGCAGAAGAGGCGGACACAGUGCAAAGGAUGCUCCAGCGGAGGACGAGGAGAUUGACGCGACGGAGGAGCAGGACGAUCCGGCGGAGCAGGAGGAUGGAGCUGGUGGUAAUGACGCAAACGCCGAUGAAGGAGCGGAAGAGCAUGUGGAAGGUGAAGAAGAGGACGACCAAGACGCAGACGCAGAUGGCGAUGGAGAUGGCGACAACGAUGAUGAAGAGGGUGUCGAUGAGGAAGGCCGCAAGACUGUCACAAUCAAGGGAACCAAGUACCUUCUCGAAGCCGAUGGAGAGGAAGUCGUGCUGCCCUCAGACCCUGAUGGUGACAAGAAGGUCGACAACAAAGGUCGUCUGCUGGGUGGCAGACAGUACAAAGCAUACAAUUUCACAUCUGACCUUCGUGAAGAUCCGGAGAAGGUCUACAUGCUGUCCAUCGAUGCCGCGCGCUCAGCGGGCUACCGCGACUCGCUCUACUUCUUUCGCCGCAAUCCGCAGAUCUUCAAGAUCGAGCUGAUGCAAGAAGAGAAGGACAAGCUGAUCGACGACGGUCGUCUGAGUGGACAGCUCAAGACGCGAAAUGUGACCAUGGUGCCCGCUCGAAACGUCUACAAGCUUCAUGGAGCUCGCUUCUUGAGUGGAGGCAAAACUAUCAUCGAUGACUACUACGAAGCAGAGGCGCGAGCUUCAGGCGUCAAGGAAGGCAAAACCGUAGGAGGCAUGUCGAAUGAGGAACAGGAGAGGCGCCGGGAGGCUGAACGUGAGCGGGAGCGUCCCAAGAAGAAGGCCGACACAUUCAGCUACACCACCAUCGACCCGCAAGGCGAUCCCGUGAUCACACAGUUUGGAGAUGCCGGCCAACAACCAUGGGUGCGAGCCGGCAACUGGCAGUCACGCAAAGCGGCUCUGCAACGCAUGGACAUCACUGAAGACAAUUGGAUGCUCGAGAUGGCACGCAGCGUUCGCGGGAUGAACACGGAGCUCAACGAGACACGCAAGGAUCGACUGUCAGCCUUCCCGCGCUUCAACCGCUACAUCGGUAUCGACGGCGUUGCUGGAAUUGAGGAGGCCAAGGACGAGGUUGCAGAUUGCGAGGCCGAACCUGAAGACGAUCCAGAGGCACUCAACGAUCUUCCGCCAUGGGAGCGAGAGAAGCUGCCCGCAGCCAUUGAGGGAGAGCUCGAGGAGGAAAGCAAGAAGCGCAAAGCUCAACUUCAAGACAACUUGGACUCGCAGCGUCGUCGUGGCCCACCCAUAGGUGUCUACGAGCCCAACACGCAUCUUCCCCACUUCAGCGUUCUCACACAGCCAAGCCAGGCGUCCAUGAUCAAACUCGCACAACGCCCAGCAUUCAUCAGCGAUCCAGGGCAGGAAAGAGGAGAUCGACGUCCUAUCUUGGGAGGCGACAAACUUGGCUCUGGAGCAUGGGGUAUUGCCAGCUUCUCCGUUGAAUGUCUGCCACCAGCCAAAGUGUCAGGCCAUGUUGUGGUGCCCGCAGGCGCGAGUGCAGACUCGGUUUCAAUCUCCACGGAAUAA